AUGCCAGAGUUUCAAGCCGACAAUGGCAAUUCACUGCCAUAUGGCAGCGAGGAAGUGCUAGGCUUCAAGCUUUUCAAGAAGUACGAGCUGGGGAAGCUCCUUGGCUAUGGUGCUUUCGCGAAAGUGUACCACGCGCGGGAACUAUGCACCGGCCAGAGUGUGGCCAUUAAGGCCAUGAGCAAGCAGAGGAUUCUCAAAGGGAACCUCACGUCACAUGUCAAGAGGGAGAUUUCUAUAUUGCGCCGGCUGCGUCAUCCCCACAUCGUGCGUCUCGAUGAGGUUCUGGCCACCAAGAACAAAAUCUAUUUCGUUCUGGAAUUUGCAAAGGGCGGUGAAUUGUUCGCCAAAAUCGCGAAAGGUCGCUUCAGCGAGGACCUCAGCCGCAAAUACUUCCAGCAAUUAAUCUCAGCCGUGGCUUACUGCCACUCCCGCGGCAUUUUCCACCGCGAUUUGAAACUGGAAAACCUGUUACUGGACGAGAAUUGGGAUCUCAAAAUCACAGAUUUCGGACUCUCAGCCGUGUCGGAUCAGAUCCAACCCGAUGGCCUCCUCCACACACUCUGCGGAACCCCCGCCUACGUGGCGCCGGAAAUCCUGGCAAAGAAGGGUUACGACGGCGCAACAGUCGAUAUCUGGUCAUGCGGAGUCAUACUGUAUGUAUUAAAUGCGGGUUACUUGCCAUUCAACGACUUGAAUUUGAUGGUGAUGUACAGGAAAAUCUACAAAGGAGAAUUCAGGUGCCCAAAAUGGACAUCGCCGGAGCUAAAGCGGUUCUUAACCCGGCUCCUAGACCCGAACCCGAGUACCCGGAUUACCAUUCAUGAAAUUCUCAAUGACCCGUGGUUCAAAAAGGGGUACAAGGAUAUUAAAUACCCAAUUGAGAAUGAAUUCGAAUUAAAGAAUUUUGGCCAAGGUGAAGAGAAGGAUUUCUUGAAUGCCUUUGACAUAAUCUCAUUUUCCUCCGGUUUUGAUCUGUCUGGUUUGUUCAGUAACAAUGGGAAUCGCGUUGAUGGUGAAAAGCUAAUCUCGAAAGAACCACCGGAGAGAAUAAUUGAGAAAAUCGAGGCGGCGGCGAAAGAGGAAGGACUGGUGGUGGCAAAGAAGGGAUUCGGUGUAAUACUGCAGGGGCAGAAUGGGACGUUUACCUUUACGGUUGAGAUUAACCGGUUAACGGAGGAGCUGGUGAUUGUGGAGGUGAAAAGUGGUGGAUUUGGAUUGGAUAUAUGGACGGAGAAAUUCAAGCCACUACUCAAUUCUUCACCAGAGGCAACGACAAGUAGCCGGUAA